AUCCCAUGCGUCCCCCUAUCCAGUAAAUUACAAAUGCUACUACCAUAGAAGAAGGAAAAUUAACCGUAAAUCCUUUCAGACAGACACAGCCCAAAGCUGCUCCGACUUCUUCAUCAUCAUCAACAAUGGCAAGCUUAUCCACCAACUUCCUCUCCUUCAUGGCCCCGCGGUCUCCUCCCCGCCUCACCCUCCCGCCGCCGUCUCAGCUGCCCAGAAUCAGGGGCUGCUCUGCGGCCUUCGCUGCCCCGGAUGGCCUCUCCCUCUCGUCGGCGUCGCUCGCGGUGGCGAAUCCGGCGCUCGCGCACUCCAACACGCUAUUCUUCAGUGGGUACAAUGUGCAGGUCGUGGUGGACGACAACGAGCCGGAGGAGCGGCUGCUCAACCGGUUCAGGCGGGAGGUGAUGAGGGCCGGCGUCAUUCAGGAGUGCAAGCGCCGCCGCUUCUACGAGAACAAGCAGGACGAGAAGAAGCGCAAGUCCCGUGAGGCCGCUAAGCGCAACCGCCGGAGACGAUCAAUAUCGAGAAAUUUCACACCGAGCAAGCCGGAAAUCCCGGCAAACAAGAAGAAUGAUGAUGAUGAAGACAACUGGGAUCUUCCUGAGGAUGGUGCGAUUCCCUACUGAACACCCACUCAAUCCGUCCCCCGGCAUAUGAUUUGUAAUAGUGCCUUUUUGUAGCCUUUCUUUUCUGAGGCCAUCUUGGUUUUUGCAUUGGGAUCUUUUCAUUUUAUUAGGUCUCGGUUUGGCCGAUGACCACUGAUAUAUUUCAUUCUUAAAUCCUCCUAGAGGUCUCUUCACUCUGCUGAUCUCGAAUAUACUACUACUGCUACUA